AUGGCCAAAGAUGGCAAUGGUUCAGGAGGAUCAACAUUGAACCCCAAUUCCCCUCUCUUUAUCCCUGCUGCUCUUAAGCAGUGGAGGAUUUUCUCCCCUGAUGGUGGCAACUGGUUACCACUCCACAUGGUACCACGACUACUGGCUCAGUCAAAGGGCGAGGAUGGCUUCUAUGAUAAUGCCCAGGGUGAUGUUGACAAUGUCGCAAUUUGCUUCCAGAGACCUUUGAUCUCGAGUGCUGGCGAGGGACUUCCCAUUUUUUUAGAAGCUCCUUUUGAGGAGUUCCUUCAUUGUCCUCAGACUGAAAGUAAAAAUGGUAUGAACAACUACUCCAAGAGAAUGACCUGUUGGGACGCAAAUUUUCUUUUGGAACAACAGGUUGGGAAACACAUUACUGCGGUCCUUGAUAAUUUGAAGUCACUGGACAGACCCACGUUCCCAGUGGGCAAAGGAGGUAUGCUGAGACCCUGCCAAACCGUGAGCCGAAAGCAGCCCCCGCUUCAUCCAGCAGCCCCGUUGAAAGCAGCCUAG